AUGAAGUACCUGGUGCUGGGCGGUGGUGUGGCCGGCGUGUGUUGUGCGGAAGAGCUCUGCAGGCUCUGUCCAACCGAUGAAGUCACCAUUGUGUCAGCCUAUCGAACCCUGAAGGGAGCCAGCGUCAUUGCCAGGAUCACGCCCUUCAUUGAGCAGAUUGCGGUGGAGGAGCGCAGGCUGGAUGAUGAAAGGCAUGGCAAUCUGCACUUUGUGCAGGGCUCCGCCGUCCACCUAGACUCUGCCAGGAAGGCAAGUUCCGUGCGGCUGGCCUCUGGCGAGUCGCUGGCCUUUGAUCGGCUCUGCAUCGCCACGGGGGCCGGACCGAUCCACCUGCCCGGCUCGGAUUCGAAUGGCGCGGUGCUGACCCUUCGGGACACCCACAGCAUUGCCGCCCUGGCGCAACGCCUGCGCUCCGCGCGGCAUGUGGCCGUGAUCGGAAACGGCGGCAUAGCCCUGGAGCUCAUCUACUCGUUGCGCGGCCUGAACGUGAGCUGGGUGGUGCGGCACGCCCACAUCGGCGACGCUUUCUUCGACGCCGAUGCCGCGCGCUUCCUGUUGGACACCCUGCAGGGCUGCCAGGGCAGCGUGUCAGCGCCGGCCAUGGACGGCGCGGAGGGGAGCUGCGUGGAAGGUGGUGCAGUGGGGGGCAGCGAUGCGACUGCGGGCAGCGGUGUAGCCCAGGCCAGGCAGCGCGAGGGGCCGCCUGGCGCACUGCUGGGCCACGCCGUGGGCCCCACCUGGAUCAAACACCUGGCCCACGGCCAGCGGGGCGGGGCCUUGACGCUGCACCUCGGCUGCGAGGUGGAGCGAGUGUCGCGGGGCACGGCCCCUGGAGACCCGGGGGGCCCCUGGCCCGUGGCACUGGAGCUGAGCGACGGGCGGUGGGUGUGCGCUGACGUGGCGGUGGCGGCGCUGGGGGUCACACCCAGCACGGAGUGGCUCGGGCCCGAGCUGGAGCGGGGGCGGGACGGGGGCAUCAAGGUGGACACCCGGAUGCAGACGAGCCUGGCGGGGGUAUUUGCUGCGGGCGACGCGUGCUCUGCGCCCGACUUUGACACCCCAGACUCCCAGUGGUUCCAGAUGAGGCUCUGGACCCAGGCACGGUCGCAGGGCAUCCAUGCCGCGCAUGCCAUGGCUGGAGUGGAGGAGGACACGGCUUCCAGCAUGGCCUUUGAGCUGUUCACCCACGUGACGUCUUUUGCCGGCCUGAAGGUGGUCCUGCUGGGAAGGUACAAUGGCCAGGGGCUCGAGAACGAGCCGGAAGCAGACCUGAUCUCCUUCUCAAGGACUACACCCCCAGACCCCUCCCAGGCACGGAGAGGGGAUCUUGAGGAGGCCGUGGAGCACUUGAUACUGGAUAGGCUGGAUGUGGGGGCGUAUGGGCCCAGCCUCCUGGACCCCAAUUUUGAGCUCGACCAUGUCUUUGACUGA